AAGGAUCAGUCCAAGUACCACAGGAAAUUGUGGUAAAGGCGCGUUUGACAACUCAAUCGACAAAUCCUCUUCCAGCGUACUAUAAAUAGGGAAACUAUUUUUCUAGACAUUUUUCACAUUGCUGAUUUCUUGUGCUUCGUGCUGGUGUACCCAUCUCACAGCUAUUUUCAUGGUUUCUAUACAUAAAGUGUUUUUAAGCUGUCUACUUGUAGGCUUUGCCAUCGUCAGCGCAGUGGUGGCACAGGAAUGGCGCCAGGAAUCCUUAGACUCUGUGAAUAGAGGUGGCUAUCAGACAACUACUUCGACUUAUUCAGCUACCACAUCACCUUCAUAUACAGAGGUCUCUAUUCCGAUCUAUUCUGCAGCACCAACAAGUUAUCCUCCCAAAUGCGUUUACUAUCAAAAACUCAAAGAGUGUUGCACUUAUACUUAUGUGGUUGCGCAAAAGUGUCAGAUUUAUCAGUAUGAAGUUCAGGAGUCUAUCAGCUAUUCCUGUCCUCAAUACACCACAGUACAGUCAGUGUUGCCGUAUUCUUGCCCCAAGGUGUAUACAACUACAACAAGCAAAGCAUAUCCUUGCCCAACUUAUUACAGCGUGACUGAAUAUACUUCCUAUCCUUGUCCUCAAUAUUAUACUGUCCAGUCACCUGUAUAUUAUCCAUGCCCAACGGAGAUUUCUGUACAGGCAACGAUUCAAUAUCCCUGUCCUACUUAUUAUUCAGUUCAGGUGGCGACAUACUAUAGCUGUCCUCAAUAUUAUACUGUUCAGUCUGCUGUCUACUAUCCUUGUCCCACAUACUAUACCCAGCAGUACGAGACCAAGUAUCCUUGCCCAACAACCUCUUAUAUCUCUAUUACCUCUCAAUACAGCUGCCCAACCUAUUAUUCGGUUUCCGAAACUACCUAUUAUCCGUGUCCCACAACUUCGGUGACUUAUUCUCAAAUGAAAUAUGCUUGCCCAACGACCUAUACCAUUUAUCAGACUCAAUCUUACAGCUGUCCUACCUAUUAUUCUACUCAGGUCGCUACGUAUACUUCAUGUGCAACUUAUACAUAUUCGUAUGUACAGUAUCCAUGUGAAUAUGCAUAUGAGACACCUAGUCCAUCGGUAUCUGCUUAUUCUCGUGAAGAGGUACAACGCGGAGGUUAUGGCGAGUAUCAAUCUCAAGAGUCAUCCAGUUAUUAUGUAACCAAGUAUUGUCAGAAAGCAGUUCAACAAGUAACAUAUACCUCAUGUUCUACCUAUUACCCUUCACAAACCGUAGAACAGAAGACUUGCUAUAAGACAGUAGCAGUUCCUACUGAAUAUCAACAAUAUUGUUAUACACAAGUGGCACAGGAACAAGUUGUAGAACAAAGUUGUCCAACUUAUUACUCUGUCCAAAAGGUGAAAUAUCAGACCUGCUCUACCUACAUAACUCAGCCGACUAUUGUACCGAAGUACUGCAGUAUGUCGGUUUCCGAAGAAUAUGUACAGCAACAACAAUGUGUAAAGUAUGUAGCUCAGCAAGUUAUUCAACCCAAGCAAUGUGUCAAGUAUUAUACCGAACAGAAGAUUCAACAAAAGUAUUGUUCUCGCUAUGUGACAGAGGAAGAAGUACAAAGCAAGCAAUGUAUUAAAUAUGUGUCUCUACAGAAGAUCAAGUAUGAGUCAUGUUCCGCUCAAUAUGAAGUUCAAAAGAUCAAGCAACAGCAAUGUACUAUGCAGGUAUCUGAACAAUAUAUCCAACCAGAUACUUGUUACAAAUAUGUUCCUGAGCAACAGAUCGUUCCUCAGACCUGCUACAAGUACUAUUCCGUUCCUAAGUUUAUUGAAAAGUGUUACCCUGAGUAUGCGACAACAGAGAAGUGUGUAGAAUAUGAAUACGUUCCAUAUGCCACUUCUACUCCUUAUCCGUCGGUAUCACCAAGUUAUUCUCCCUCUGCCUACCAAACAUCAUCUGCUUACCAAACAUCCUCUGCCUAUUAGACAGACAGGUGAAGAAGGUUGAUAGGUUAUUAUGAAUGUGUUUCAUGUUCAAAGAAACGUGAGACAUCAAAGUUGAAGUAAAAUAUUUGGUUCUCCAAAAGAAAAAAAAAUUGUCAAGU